CUGAGCAUGGAGAGCAGGGAGGACAAAUCCCCAUGUCAGAACCUGGUGGAAGAGGCCGUUUUGAGCAGCUCCACGGUGCAGGAACCCAACGGGGAGGAAAAGCCCCGGAGAUCCCGCACGAGGAGGGGCUGCAAACGCAGAUGUCGGGGAUCUGAGGGGGAAAGAGCCAGCCUGGGCCGGGAAGGCGGCCGGAGAUGGAGCCAGAGCUCGGAGCUGGUGCUGCAUGAGCAGCUCCAUGGUGGGGAGAAGCCCAAAACGUGUGGGGAGUGUGGGAAGAGCUUCAGGUGGCGCUCCCUCCUGAUCAAUCACCUGAGGAUCCACACAGGGGAACGGCCCUACGAGUGUGGGGAGUGUGGGAAGAGCUUCAGGAGGAGCUCCAACCUGAUCCUGCACCAGAGGACCCACACUGGGGAACGGCCCUACGAGUGUGGGGAGUGUGGGAAGAGCUUCAGUCAGAGCUCCCACCUGAUCAAUCACCAGAGGACCCACACUGGGGAACGGCCCUACGAGUGUGGGGAGUGUGGGAAGAGCUUCAGUCAGAGCUCCCACCUGAUCAGGCACCAGAGGACCCACACUGGGGAACGGCCCUACGAGUGUGAUCAGUGCAGGAAGAGGUUUCAGACCAGCUCCAAUCUCCUCCAGCACCAGCGCACUCACACAGAGGAGAGGCCCUUCCGCUGCCCCGACUGCGGGCAGGGCUUCAGGCACAACUCCCAUCUUGUCAUGCACCGACGCAUCCACACUGGGGAGAGGCCCCACGAGUGUGGGGAAUGUGGGAAGAGCUUCAGCCGGAGCUCCACCCUGAUCCUGCAUCAGAGGACCCACACUGGGGAGAGGCCCUACGAGUGCGUGGAGUGUGGGGAAAGCUUCAGCCAUCAUUCCACCCUGACGCGCCACCAAAAGAUCCACACUGGGGAGAGGCCCUAUGAGUGUGAUAAAUGCAGGAAGAGGUUUCGGAUCAGCUCACAUCUCUUCCUGCACUAUCAGAUUCACAGAGAGGAGAGGCCCUUCCAGUGCCCUGACUGUGGGAAGGGAUUCAAGCACAACUCCACCCUCAUCAACCACCAGCGCAUCCACACAGGGGAGAGGCCCUAUGAGUGUGAGGAGUGUGGGAAGAGCUUCUCACACAGCUCUACCUUGACCCGACACCAACGCAGGCACCGGUAAGGGAAGCCCUGCGAGUGCUCCGAGUGCGGGAGGAGCUUGUGCGCUGCUCCAGCUCCAUCCCCCACUGGAGAUCCCUCAUUGGGUAGAGCCCUGGUGACCCACAUUCCCUGUGAUCCUUGCUGGGAACACUCCUGGCUCCUUCUCCUUUUGGUUUGGUGUUAUUUUUCCUCUGCUCCAUCUUCAUCCCUUAAAAAAAGCCCAAACAGGUUUAAAUGAAGGAAAUUGAUCAAAUAUAUCUGAAGUCCCACCAUUUCACUGGUAGUUGAUGCAGAAUUUACCAUUUGGGGACACAUUCUGUGUGUAGUGCCCCUGUUGCUAAGAGGCAGGAAUUUGAUGUCACCCUUCUAGUGUUUCUAAGAACUCCUCCCCUGACCCAAACCCCAACUCCAGCCCUGGGAUACCCUAUUAAAACCCCAUGGCCCUGCCUUUGCCCUGUCUUUUUGGGGUCAGAAAUGGAUUCUGGAGCUCUCCGAAACCAGGACCCAUCUCGUUUGUUCCUGGCACUGGCAGCUGCAGCCUCCCUGGGCACCAUGAACUCUGGAGAAUGGGGGCAGCCAGUGAGGACAGGUCCUGGACUUCAAGAUAAGUGUGUGUUGUGUUUGCCAUCUGUCAGAGGUGGGGCAGUUAUCUUCUGUGCAUUGGGCAGUUUAUCUCUUUCACAGCCAACCCUUCUUGCAGGACAUAUCUUCUGUUAAUGGGUCAAUAAUUAUUAAUUAUCUGCUGUUAAUGGGCCAUUGAGUUUCACUGCAUGGCUGAUAAAAUGACAUCAUCCCACUGGGAGAUGCUCCGCCCAGGGGAAGAAGCCAGGCAUUGCUACCUAGGUAGAAUCUCAGGUUUGGAACCCCAGAAGCAGCCUUUUCCCACUGGAUUCCCAGAGGAUCAGCCCUUUUCCCUCUGGAUUCCCAGAGGAUUCUGACUCUGUCACUGUUUUCUUUUAAAUUUGUACUAUUGCAUUUGUA